AUGGAUCAGAUGGCGUUUGUGACUCCGAGAGGGUCACUGUCGAGCAUCGGAGACUCGACGGAGCUUGAGGUCAAUCCCAAUCUCACUCUCAGCGAUAAGCUCAGGGUUUUCAAGAGUUCCUCCUUUGAUCCCAAUGCCUUCAUCCAAACCAAAUCCCGCGCCAUGAAUGAAAAGGAGAUAAGGCAUUUGUGUGUUUAUCUUGUUGACCUGAAGAAGGCUUCUGCUGAAGAAAUGCGGAAAAGUGUUCUUGCUAACUACUCAGCCUUCAUUCGUACAUCCAAAGAGAUUUCGGAUCUUGAGGGAGAGCUAGUUUCCAUGAGAAAUCUUCUGGUGACGCAGGCCGCAUCAGUUCAUGCUAUAGCAGAAGGUUGUCAGCUUAGUACCUUGGUUGCUAGAAAAGAAAACUCGGACAUGGAAGAGAUACUAAGUCAAAAAACGGAUCUAUCCAAGACAGAGAAAUGGCUGAUAGAGUUUCUAGAAACGCUGGAGGUUCUAUUAGCAGAGAAAAGAGUGGACGAAGCGAUGGCUAAGUUGGAAGAAGGCAAAAAAAUGGCAGAAGAAAUUACUAGAGAGAAACUUCUGAGUCCAGUUUUGUUCCAGGCAUUGGAAGAUGCCCUUGCUGAUAAGAAGAAAAAGUUAGCUGAUCAGCUAGCAGAGACUAUGGGCCAGUCAUCCACUCGAAACUCAGAAAUUCGUUUCACAGCUUGGGCUUUGAAAAAGCUAGGAGACGGUCCUCGUGCUCACACAUUACUACUAAAUGCACACAAAGAAAAGUUGCAGCGUAAAAUGAAUGGUUUUGAGUCCACCAAUGAUGGAAGGGUUAAAGCGGCUGGUCAAUACACAACUAGCCUUUCACAGCUUGUCUUUUCUAUCAUUUCACGAGCGGCAACAGAUUCUUUGACAGUGUUUGGCAAACAAGAGCCUGCAUAUAGUUCGGAGCUGGUUACUUGGGCCGUAGGGCAGGUUGAGAAUUGUGCUCUUCUCCUAAAGAAGCGCAUCCUUGCCUCGGCUGCUGCUACAGGAAGCCUCAGAGUUGCAGUUGAAAGUGUUCAUGUUUGCAUGAGCCACUGUCAACUGUUGGAGGCUAAUGGAUUGGCCCUUUCCCCUGUCUUGCUCAAACACUUUAGGCCAUUAGUUGAGCAAGCAUUUGUUUCGUCAUCCCAGCCAAAACUUUCAAGUAGUGCUCACAAAUUCAACUCAUUGGUUCAGGAACUUUUUGAAGAUGUAGAACCUCUUGAAAUCUUACAGUUAGAUGGUCUUGCAUAUGAAGGCCUUCUACGGGUGUUUAACUCCUACAUCAAUCUGCUGAUAAAUGCAUUACCAGGUUCGGUAGAAACUGAGAACCUGGAAGGUACAUCAGUUCAUAAAAUUGUAAAGAUUGCGGAGACUGAAGCACAACAGAUAGCAGUGCUAGCCAAUGCAAUAUUGCUAGGAGAUGAAUUAAUCCCUCGUGCCGUUGUGAAGCUUUCACACAGCAGCAAAGGUGAUGAGUCUCAUAGAAAAGGAUCAGACAAGCAACAAAGGCUUCCUGAACAGCGCGAAUUGAAGAAGAGACUCCAGCGGGAAGUUGAUCGCCUCAGAGACAGUUUCUGCAGGCAGCAUGCUCUUGAGCUCAUCUUUAAUGAGGAAGGGGAAACACGCCUCAAUGCAAUGAUGUAUUUGAGUUUAGACGGACAAGGCCAACAACCUGAAUGGUUUCCUUCUACAAUUUUUCAGGAGCUCUUUGCAAAGCUUACAAGAGUGGCAACAAUUGCAACAGAUAUGUUUGUGGGAAAAGACAGGUAUGCAACCCUUUUGUUGAUGAGACUUGCAGAGUCUGUGAUCCUUUUUCUUGCUGAUGACCAAACCUUCUGGGGAGAGGUAGAGACAGGCCCAACGCCUUUGGGUCCUCUUGGCCUUCAACAGCUUUAUUUGGAUAUGCAAUUUGUGAUGAUAUUUGCAUCCCAAGGUCGAUAUUUAUCUCGUCAUCUGCACCAAUCUAUCAAAGACAUCAUCAGUAAGGCAAUUGAAGCUGUUGCUGCUACAGGACUUGAUCCCAACAGUAUAUUGCCAGAGGAUGAGUGGUUUGUUGAAGUUGCUCAGAUUGCCGUAAAGACGUUAACUGGGAAAGCUGCCUUUGAUAUAGACGAUGAUGUCGGUAGCCCCUUUGCCGCCGGCGGUUACAACUAA